UUCCACAGAAGCCAAAGCUGGAAUGGCUUUUUUGGCAGGAAAAAAAUCACACCCAGGUUUCAGCUAGAGAAAAUAUUCACAUGAGCUCAGAUUUAAAAAAAUUAAUCACUCCUAGCCUGCACCGUUCUCUUCCUUGCAGCUCCUCAGGAGUCUCUCUUUGCUGGACGCCACCUUCCCACCCAUCGGCUCCCUGGGGACUUUGCUCCUGCAGGUGAAGGGCAGAGGAUCCCCCUGAGCCUCUUUUUUCCACCAAGCUGCCUGCAGCUGGCAAUCUACCAGUCCAAAAUGCUAGCUGCCGGGGAGAGGAACCGGGGAAGUCGAUAACCAGCAAACGUGAAGCAAGUCAACAUUGUUUGGAGCCGCAGCACUGGGUCAGAACGACACGGAAGGUUUCUCAGCAGCAAGUGUUACUCCCGAGACUGGAAUAUAAUUAACUCCUGCCUACUCCCUCCCUCUUCCCGGAUGCCAUCCAGCAUGCCAGCAGCACACAGAAGCUUCUGCAAAAUCUCACACUCAGCCUUGCAAUUUUCCAGCAGAACCAAAGCAAUGGAAAUCCUUUGUUUCAUUUUAAUCUUCAUCUCCUUGACCGGUCACGGAGAUGCGCAUGGACCAGACAACUGUAACCAUGAAGGGGGCUUGUGCCGAGUCGGAAACUGUGUUUCUGGUGAAUAUCUGGCCAGUUACUGCUUUGAACCCAUCAUUCUCUGUUGCAAAAGUUUGUCACCCACUACUGCAAAAAGCUGAAGAUUUCCAAAGGAGCAAACCGCAAUAUGUGGAGAGCUGCAGGCUCCACUGACAAGGAAUGACCUGCUGUUGCAAAGGAAAUGUUGUGCCUUUCUGUGACUGUUGCUCUCCUGGAAGAACAUGGCUGUGGAUUCACUUGUUAACUUCCAAACACAUUGCUUUUUGCUAUUGCUGUGACUUUGUCGGAAACACUGUGACAAGAAAUUGGGGCCACCCAAACUAUUUGGCAUCUGGUUGUUACCUGUCACGCACAGAUGAGAAAUUGCCUUUCUCCUUACCUGAAAGCAAUAAACCUAAAAGUUUAACACAA